AGCCGAGUAUGAUUUCACUAUUAACCAAUAGAAAAUUGACACGUCAUACCCUAAUAGUGUCAGCAAAGUCAGCUAUUUAAAAAGCGAGCUUUGCUUCUUUCAAAGAUCGUCUCUGUAGCCUAUUUUGUAGCCCUCUUCUCCUCUCAGCCGGAGACCCCCAAAAAUCCCUCGAUCAACAAGAGGGAACGAAACCAUGGAUAAUAGGCAUCAACAUCCUACAGUCAUGCAAAAGGUAGCAGGGCAAUUCCUUAGCAAUUCUAGCAUUUCUCGGGAUGCUGGUUUCCAACGUCCUGCUGUGUAUCAAAGGCCUGCUGCAUAUGGAAAUUACCGUAAUGCUGCAUUGCAAUACCAGUGCAGUGCUACUACUGAUUUGUCCAUGGUUCCAUCAGCUGCAUCGCCUAUCUUUGUUCAAGCCCCAGCUGAGAAAGGACAUUUUAUGAUUGAUUUCCUUAUGGGUGGAGUUUCUGCUGCUGUGUCCAAAACAGCUGCUGCCCCAAUUGAGCGUGUCAAACUUCUGAUUCAGAACCAGGAUGAGAUGAUUAAAGCCGGUCGUCUUUCACAACCCUACAAGGGCAUUGGUGAGUGCUUUGGCCGAACCAUCAAGGAUGAGGGAUUUGGUUCGUUGUGGAGGGGCAACACAGCCAAUGUUAUUCGUUACUUCCCUACUCAGGCCCUGAACUUUGCCUUCAAGGAUUACUUCAAGAGGCUUUUCAAUUUCAAGAAAGACAGGGAUGGUUAUUGGAAGUGGUUCGCUGGAAACUUGGGGUCUGGAGGUGCCGCUGGUGCUUCUUCCCUUCUUUUUGUCUAUUCUUUGGACUAUGCCCGUACUCGUUUGGCUAAUGAUUCAAAGGCUGCCAAGAAGGGAGGCGAAAGACAAUUCAAUGGUCUAGUUGAUGUCUACAAGAAGACUUUGAAGAGUGAUGGUAUUGCUGGUCUCUACCGUGGAUUCAACAUCUCUUGUGUUGGUAUCAUUGUGUACCGUGGUCUUUACUUUGGAUUGUACGAUUCUUUGAAGCCAGUCCUCCUUACUGGAGACUUGCAGGAUAGUUUCUUUGCUAGCUUUGCCCUUGGUUGGCUUAUCACCAAUGGUGCUGGUCUUGCUUCCUACCCAAUUGACACUGUUCGUAGAAGAAUGAUGAUGACAUCUGGUGAAGCCGUCAAGUACAAGAGCUCCUUUGACGCUUUCACCCAAAUCUUGAAGAACGAGGGUGCCAAGUCUCUGUUCAAGGGUGCUGGUGCUAACAUCCUUCGUGCCAUCGCUGGUGCUGGUGUGCUAUCUGGUUACGACAAAUUGCAGCUGGUUGUGUUCGGAAAGAAGUACGGAUCUGGUGGCGGUUAAUUUUUGAGUUACUGCUAUUCAGUUUGAGGAGGUGGAGGAUAGAUGGUGAUGAAAUCUUUUGUUGAGUUCUGAGAAACUUGUUUCGGCAAAAUUUUCAGUCAAUAAUUUACUUUUUGAGGGAAGUGUUGUUCCCAUCAAACUCAAUAAUUUAAAUUUUGGAUCAAAAUUGCUCAAAAUUGCAGGUCAAGUUCUAGAGUGGUGGUCAAAUUCCACUGACUGACACAUUUUGGAGUUUCAAUUAUACAAUUUUUUGUUGGAUGUUUUUGAUUAUAUUUACUAUUUGUAAUGAGUCUGAUUUAAAUUUUA